UUCACUAAAACACUGCCAAUAUGUUACCACUGUUAUUUUCAUUUUUUGGCAAUUCACAUAUAAGGUUUCUGCCUGUAGUGUUAAAUUUAAAAACAACCUCUUACCUGAUAUGUCAGAGUCAAGUACUGCAGGAAGGCAGGAUGCUGCCGAACAAGAAGCAAGAGACACUGGCUCCAUAAUGAAUUUCAUGGCUGCAAGAAGAAUUGGUACAGCUAUGUGGGUGAUGAGGUGUUACGCCAUAUUUCUCAGCAUACAGUACAUGUUCUUUUGCAGUGCAUUCGAUAUGGGCCAUUACUUUCAACGUGCCAUGUUAGCAAAUGGUGUAGUAUGUGCGUUACGUCUUCACCAACGAGUUCCGCAAUUCCGACUUACAAGAGUUCAUUUCUCGAUGCUUCUGCAAGAAGACAGCGCUCAUUAUCUCAUUUAUUCUCUCAUCUUUCUCACCUGUCACCCAAUAACAAUUGCCCUAAUGCCCGUAGCUGUGUUUGCUCUCCUACAUGCCUCUAGCUUCACUCGCCAAAUGAUUGACAUGCAUGGUUCUAACUCUUACCCAUUCGCCCGUAAACUGAUCAACCAUGUAGCGAAACACCAAGCCACCUUGUUCAGAUUUGUGGCACUAAAUGAAGUCUUAAUUUUGCCAACAGUUGUAGCCAUGCUGAUAAUGGGAAGAGCUUCAGUAUUUGCACCAUUUUUAUAUUACAAGUUUGUGCAUUAUCGUUACUUAUCAACCAGAAACCCUUACUCAAGAGUCAUCUUUUACGAAUUAAGAAUGUCAGCUGAAGUACUCAGCAGAAACCCCAACUGUCCAUCUAUAUUGUCUUCAUCCCUUCUGAAAGGAAUCACUUUCGUUUCCAAGCUUGCUCCCCCAUAUCAACAACAACAACCAGAGCAACAGCAAUAGCUUUUUCCAAUGUUUUGAGCACAAAAAUUUAUCUGACAUAAGAAUAUGUUGCAGUGCAUGGUUACAACUAAAGAACGAACGAGAAAAAUGUGAAAUAAGGCUGCAUGCAUUUUUCCAAAGAAUAUAUACACCCAUUUAAACAAUAUUUUGUAGCACAACGAUAUCUAGUUAGUUCAAAUGAGCUGUUUAUUAUUUCUCAGUCACUGUGUACCAAUAAAUAUAGUUGGUAUACAGUAAAAUUGGUACAAUCGUAAUAUAUAUUUGUGGUAAGUUCAUCAUGUUUGUGUUACCCUAAGGCAAAUACUACAUCAAGUCGGAUUUGA